CUCGUCCUCUCCGCCGAGCGGCUGCAUCCACUUCCGGGCUCGGCAGCUAGACUAGUGGGGGCAGCCUCAGAGCGGGUGAGGUUGGGGACGCACGGAGAGGUGCAGCUGGCAUCUCAUCAGAGCUGUGGGCCUGACCCCCUCCCAUAGGAGUAUCUGUAGUCCCAGAAGACCUCCACUCAGAUGAGUAUUUCCAAGCAAUAACCACUUUAUUUCUAUCCAGUUUCCCCUUUCUGCAUCCCUGUUUCUUUGAGGGGUGCCAUUAUUUUUCUAGUCUCCCAGGCUUGAAAUCCCAGGGUCAUCUUUGAGUCUUCCUUCUCCUGCAACGUAGCUCCCCUAAGUGUUGAAUUCAGCACAAUCCAGGGAAUGAGCACGCCUGCAGAGAUUGUUCUCUCUGUCUUUUCCUACCAACAUCAUUCUUAUUCAAGUGUGGAUUGCCUUUUGCCUUAUUUACUGCAAGAGCCUGUUAAUUCUUCUGCAUCCUACUGCUAUAAAUUGGUCUUCUGAGAGCAUCCAUUGCACUACAUUAUUCCUUGCCACACAAUCUUUCAGUGACUUCCCAUUUUCUGCAGGAUAAAAUGUCAAUUCCUUGGCCUGGCUGGCACUCAUGACUCCUUAUGUGCUCACAAAGCUCUGCCCACCCUGCCUUCACUCCCAUGCUCCCGCCAGCCCGGUGUUGCUACUGACCUCAGGACAGGCCCUGUUCAUUCCUGCUGUAAGCUCAAGGCUUUCCUCUUCUUACCCCUGAAUGCCUCUCUUCCUCCCAGUCACCCAUUGCAUUUCUCCUGCCCUCUUUUAGGAUUCAGCUGCAGUCCCACUGCAGGUCUUUCUCAGCCUUCAGCCUCCAUCCAUCUCCUUCUUUCCUGAAUUCUGAGGAGACCUAGGAUUGGCAUCCAGCCAUGCCCUGGUCUGUAACUGUUGCACAUGUGUCUGUGUCCUCCCAGUGGGGUGAGGGGGCGUUCUCAGUCCUCAGCACCAUGUGGCGAACACAGUUGGUGCUCACUACAAACAAGACUCCGAGCCCGGAAGGCACAGGAUCGCGCUUGUUUAGCAAAUGCUUCCUCAAUAUAACCCCUUUCCUUCCUGCUCUAGGAGAGGGCUUUAGAAAGCAGGGCAGUUCUGAAAAGACUGGAGGUUGGGAUGCAAAAGAGAUUGGCCUCUGAGGCUUGCCUAAAGGAUUUUAUGUCAGCCAGCGUGGUGGCUCACGCCUGUAAUCCCAGCACUUUGGGAGGCUGAGGCAGGUGGAUCACCUGAGGUCAGGAGUUCGAGACCAGCCUGACCAACAUGGCGAAACCCUGUCUCUACUACAAAUACAAAAAUUAGUCUGGUGUGGUGGCAUACGCCUGUAGUCCCAGCUACUCGGGAGGCUGAGGCAGGAGAAUCGCUUGAACCUAGGAGGCAGAAGUUGCAGUGAGCCAAGAUUGUGCCACUGCAUUCCAGCCUGGGUAACAGAGCGAGACUCCAUCUAAAAGCGAGACUCCCUCCCCCUUGGUCUCCAAGGUCACCUGUGGCAGUUUCUCAGACCCUUGUCUGCCCUCCAGACACCCCCAUGCUGGGACCUGGGAUGCACAGUGCGGGUCCCCUCUUCUGCGCUGGCCCUCUGGUUCUCGCCACCCUGGGGUUAAUGCAGCACGGGUUUUGCCUUUCAUCUCAUUUCCUAUCUUCUGUCAGCUAAUGAUUAUUCAGGGAGCUUCGCCUCACCCUGUUGUCCCUAUCUCAAAUCUGUCAAAGUUCUCUUUAGGGCAAAGGUCAUGAGAAUUAUGUCAUGGCCAUGUGACUGCUGUUUUCACCCCACUUCCUCUGCCAUCUUGGUCCUGCUGUCCUGAGGAGCUACCUGUGCACCCUGCCUCUGGCUCUCCUGAGCAGAGAGAUCCUGAUGGCUGACUCAGAAGCACUCCCCUCCCUUGCUGGGGACCCAGUGGCUGUGGAAGCCUUGCUCCGGGCCGUGUUUGGGGUUGUUGUGGAUGAGGCCAUUCAGAAAGGAACCAGUGUCUCCCAGAAGGUCUGUGAGUGGAAGGAGCCUGAGGAGCUGAAGCAGCUGCUGGAUUUGGAGCUGCGGAGCCAGGGCGAGUCACAGGAGCAGAUCCUGGAGCGGUGUCGGGCUGUGAUUCGCUACAGUGUCAAGACUGGUCACCCUCGGUUCUUCAACCAGCUCUUCUCUGGGUUGGAUCCCCAUGCUCUGGCCGGGCGCAUUAUCACUGAGAGCCUCAACACCAGCCAGUACACAUAUGAAAUCGCCCCCGUGUUUGUGCUCAUGGAAGAGGAGGUGCUGAGGAAACUGCGGGCCCUGGUGGGCUGGAGCUCUGGGGACGGAAUCUUCUGCCCUGGUGGCUCCAUCUCCAACAUGUAUGCUGUAAAUCUGGCCCGCUAUCAGCGCUACCCGGAUUGCAAGCAGAGGGGCCUCCGCACACUGCCGCCCCUGGCCCUAUUCACAUCGAAGGAGUGUCACUACUCCAUCCAGAAGGGAGCUGCGUUUCUGGGACUUGGCACUGACAGUGUCCGAGUGGUCAAGGCUGAUGAGAGAGGGAAAAUGGUCCCCGAGGAUCUGGAGAGGCAGAUUGGUAUGGCCGAGGCUGAGGGUGCUGUGCCGUUCCUGGUCAGUGCCACCUCUGGCACCACUGUGCUAGGGGCCUUUGACCCCCUGGAGGCAAUUGCUGAUGUGUGCCAGCGUCAUGGGCUAUGGCUGCAUGUGGAUGCUGCCUGGGGUGGGAGCGUCCUGCUGUCACAGACACACAGGCAUCUCCUGGAUGGGAUCCAGAGGGCUGACUCUGUGGCCUGGAAUCCCCACAAGCUCCUCGCAGCAGGCCUGCAAUGCUCUGCACUUCUUCUCCAGGAUACCUCGAACCUGCUCAAGCGCUGCCAUGGGUCCCAGGCCAGCUACCUUUUCCAGCAGGACAAGUUCUACGAUGUGGCUCUGGACACAGGAGACAAGGUGGUGCAGUGUGGCCGCCGUGUGGACUGUCUGAAGCUGUGGCUCAUGUGGAAGGCACAGGGCGAUCAGGGGCUGGAGCGGCGCAUCGACCAGGCCUUUGUCCUUGCCCGGUACCUGGUGGAGGAAAUGAAGAAGCGGGAAGGGUUUGAGCUAGUCAUGGAGCCUGAGUUUGUCAAUGUGUGUUUCUGGUUCGUACCCCCCAGCCUGCGAGGGAAGCAGGAGAGUCCAGAUUACCACGAAAGGCUGUCAAAGGUGGCCCCCGUGCUCAAGGAGCGCAUGGUGAAGGAGGGCUCCAUGAUGAUUGGCUACCAGCCCCACGGGACCCGGGGCAACUUCUUCCGUGUGGUUGUGGCCAACUCUGCACUGACCUGUGCUGAUAUGGACUUCCUCCUCAACGAGCUGGAGCGGCUAGGCCAGGACCUGUGAGCCUUCUCUGUCUUGCUGCCGGCCUUGAUACCACCCCUCACCCGCAGAGUCACUGCAUUCCCUCCCAGCCUUUGAGGCCGGGUGCAGUGGCUCACGCCUGUAAUCCCAGCACUUUGGGAGGCCGAGGCGGGUGGAUCACUUGAGGUCAGGAGUUCGAGACCAGCCUGGCCAAUAAGGUGAAACCCUGUCUCUACUAAAAAUACAAAAAUUAGCCGAGCAUGGUGGCCUGUGCCUGUAAACCCAGCUACUCAGGAGGUUGGGGCAGAAUUGCUUGAACGCAGGGGGCAGAGGUUGCAGUGAGCCGAGAUUGCACCCCUGCACUCCAGGCUGGGCAACAGUACGAGACUCUGUUCCAAAAAAAAUAAAAAAGAACAGCCUUUUUAGGCCACAGUGACCUGCGCAAUGUUUAUAUGCUUUGACCUACUAACUUUCUCCUAACUAAAUAUUUGAUUUUAGGAGAGUGUUUAAAUAAAUUACAGUAUGUCUAUAUGAUGAAAUGUUAUUUUGCCAUUAAAAUUAUGUUUACAAAGAUAAUUUUUAUUGACAUAAAAAUAACUUUAAUGUAAUUUAUGUUGAAAAAGCUGAAUACAAGUCUUUAUAUAGAGUAAUAUUUGAGCUGUGUUCAAAAAUACAUAGGAAAAGACUGAUAAAAUGAAAUAUGGCAAAAUGUUAAUAGUUUUCCCUGGAAUAGGAUAAUAGGCAAUUUAAAACAGACUCCUUUAAAAAAACAAAAAAAGAAAAAAAACAUAGACUUCUUUAUAUCUUUUGAGCUCCCUCCCUUUUAUUAUGUAAUGAAUAUGUGUUGCUUUUGUAAUAGGAAAAUAAUAAAGUUAAAAUUUCAACUGCA